AUGCUAAGUGCUACAGAUAGAGUAAAGAGGGAGACUCCUUGGCCUGCGGACACUGCAGAAAUACCUCAAAGUCUCCGUAGCUCUCCUGACCUCAAGGGUAGUGCGCCUGGGACGAAGUACCUGGGCCCAGGUUCGAGGCGUGACAAUAGAGCUACUGGAAAGCAAGCCGAGACUGGAGCAGAUAUGGUAAAAAGGGGUGCUCGUAAUAAUUUGAGAAAAUCAAGUGAUAGUUCAUUGACUAUUGAUGAGGUAGAUGAACUAAUUUCCAUGAAUGCUGCCUCUUUGGAGAAUAUCGAGGAACAUGGACAACAUGAACAAUAUCAAUCAACUCAGGAAGCACGUAAAUCUAAUGCAUAUUCAGAGGUACCGACUUCUAGCAGGAAUAAAAAAUCUAAACAUGAUCAUCUUGAAGGCAUGGCUGAUAUGUUGAGAGGUGGGAUGAAUAAUUUCGCUAAUGCAAUUAAACGCCUUUCAACUAUGCCACCUAUUCCUGAGAGUGAGAUAUGGCAAAUGUUGCUUCGAGGUGUGAAGUAUCUCCAUUCUGCAAACAUUCUUCAUCGUGACUUGAAGCCUGGGAACCUACUUAUCAAUGCUUACUGUGAUUUAAAAAUUUGUGACUUUGGUCUUGCACGUACAAGCAAUGGCAAGGGCCAGUUCAUAACUGAGUAUGUUGUUACGCGCUGGUAUAGGGCACCAGAGCUCCUGCUCUGCUGUGACAACUAUGGAACUUCCAUUGAUGUAUGGUCUGUUGGUUGCAUUUUUGCUGAACUCCUUGGAAGUAGUUCUGUGAGCUUCAGCUUGUCACUUUCAAGACACGGACAAUGA